UAAUUUUAUUUAAUAAUUUGUGUUUAAUUUUUUUGUUAUUUAAAAAAAAAUUGGUGCAAAAAUGAAGUUAUUACCAGUGGAUUAUUUAGGAUGUUCGGCUAUGGAUAAACGGUUUUCCACACCGAUGUUACCAUGGAUUAUUACAGAAAUUCGACGAAGGCGUACUAAUGAUAAGAUUUGCGUUGGAGUUGAAGAUGGAACCGUACAAGCGUACGAUAAAAAUUUCGAAUUACAAUUCACGCAUAAAAUUGAAAAUAUGCUGCGAUUUUCACGUGCUGUACAAGAUUCACGCUCCUUUAUGUAUUUGCUGAGGGAUCAAGAAAAACCGAUAUUAUAUUGUCAUUUAUUUCGAGCUGCCCGAGAAGAUGACGUGACAGAGUUAUUUAAACAAAUGCGUGAACAAGGAGGUUUAGCUGGCCACCAGGCAGCUGGUGGCUAUGGUGCCAUUGGAACCACUCCCGCAGUGACAGCUUCUCCAACAACACCUAGACGUCGCAUGCCACCUAGGUCACAAAGUAGUGCGGCAAAUUUAACUUCAUUAUGUGCUGAUAUAUCACCAAGUUCCAGUCAUUUUUUCGAAGUGUUAUACAUUGGAAAAAUUAAAGUUUCACAUAAAAAGGUUCCAGAUUCGUUUAUUGAUGAUGCCUUACUGAAAUUUCAAGCUCAUGAAGAUGCAAAAGCUAAGGAAAAAUUGGAAAAAGAGAAUAAUCGUAAAAAUGAACAAUAUUCUGGUGAUAAACGGCGUGAAUCACAGGAUUCAGUAACGAGUGAUACGGGUUCAACAGACAGUUGUUCAACAAAAAAUUUAAUGAAUCAACAACAACCAGCGGCCACAAAACAAUCCACUACCACGAACGCCAAUCAAUUAGUCAAUAUUAAUAAUACUAUUAAUAAUAAUAAUAACAAUAAUAUUAACAAGUUAAAAACGGAUGCAAAUAGCUUAUACAUAUCAGAUGCCGAAUUAUUAUCAUCCCCAACUGAACCUAGUGUAAUACUACCUCCUAGUGUAAACUCCAAUCAAACCAAAUUAAAUGAUAAUGACAUACCAAUAAUACGUACAGAGCGUUCAGAUAGUAUUGUAAGUGAUUCAGAUAUACCAAUGGCAGCUGAAGGACGUGGUACAAUUGAGUUGGAUAAAGAAUUAGAAGAUCGACAUCGUGUUCAGCGUACAAUAUCUGAGAGUGCAAUAAAUAUUAAUAAUAACAAGACUUUUAAUAUAAAUAAUAAUCCUGAGUUUCAAGAUUCAUUGAAUCGUAAUAAUAUUUAUUCAAAGUCAUUCGAGAAUGUGCCAUCGUUAAGUGUUAGUAAUUUGGAUAAUAAGAAUAAUAAUUUAAGAUUAAAUAUGUCGAUGACAAUGUCAGCACAUCGAUUUGGUUCUAUGGAAACUUUACCAACUGUCGAUGAAGACAAUACAGCAAAAACUGAUGAAAAUGACAACAAUUCCAAUACAGAAGUUUUUAUUAAAAAAGCGGAUAAAAAUGACCAUAAUCGAACCAUGGUGUUCCAAGUGGGACGAUUUGAUUUACGACUUAUCAGUCCUGAUCGAAAACAAAUUUUACUACAUAAACAAUUAAAAGACGUUGCUACAUGUAUUCAAGGCUUACAAAACACUGCUCAUUUUGGUUUUAUAUGCCGAGAACCAAAUGUUGAAACUUUUAUGGGUUACAUAUUCAAAUGUGAAUCAGAUUCCGUAGCUGUUGAUGUCGUACAAGCUAUAAAACAAUCAUUUACAAGCACAACUGAAAAUUAUAAACGGCCUCGACCGGCUAUAGUCAGUUGUGAACACUGUCCAAUGGUUUGGUAUCAUAAAUUGUGUGCGGAAAUUGAAAAUCAAAAUGAUCGUAAAACACAAGCGAUUAUUUUUAAAAGAGUAUCUUUUCUAGAAGAUGAUGAACAAAGUACAAUUUUAGCGAAAUUUCGGGGUGCUGAGGCUGAUUCUACACGAGAACAAAAUGAAUUUUUAAUGAUGUUGUUGAGAGCCCAUUGUGAAGCAAAACAAACUCGACAUAUACAUGAUACAGCUGAAAAUCGAUCGGAAUUUCUGAAUCAAUACUUAGGCGGAAGUACAAUAUUUAUGAAAGCUAAACGUUCCUUAACAAAUUCAUUUGAUCAUUUAUUGAAACGCAAAGGAUCUCGGGAUGAUUUUGGACCACAAUUACGUGAAAUGCAUGCUAAUAUUAGUCGAGAAACAUCUCCAGCAAUACAAACAUUGGACGUACCAAAUAGCGAUGCAGGUGAAUCAGCAAAUUCUCCAACACGGUCACGCACCUCGACAAUGAGCUCAAUGAAUGGUGAUGAUAGAUCACCUACGGGCAGUAUAGCUGGUGAUAUUACCGGAGAAAAACAAUUAAAGUCACCAAUGAUGGAUAUAUUCUUUAAAGUUGGAAGCAGUCCAAAAUCCCCCGCAAAAGAUGCUACAAUGGAUAACAAAUCGCCACAAAUCACAUCAUGGCGACAAGAAAUGUUAAAUAAAGUGGUAUCACCAAAUAAAAAUGAAAAUACCGAAACAGAAGCACCAAAGAAACGCACCCGUGACGAAUUACGUGAUCUAUGGAAAAAAGCAAUCAAGCAAGCUUUACUUUUAAAGCGUAUGGAAAAAGAAAAUGAACGCUUAACAGCUCGCCAAGAGGAAUCAGCUGUUAAACGGAUUAAAUUGGAGUAUGAUGAAAUUAGUCCAUGUCAACGUGAUGUUGUUCAAGUAUGGGAUCAUAUUGCGAAAAAGGAUGCACGUAUCGCGAAUAAAUUCGAUAAAAAUAUGUUGUUACAAGCAAUUAAACAAGGUGUUCCACGGAGUAAACGUGGAGAUGUUUGGCAUUUUUUGGCGAAUCAAUUUUGUAUUAAACAACCACCUUUUGAUACGAAACAGUUUCCAAACUAUAAUACACCGUAUGAAGAUUUAUUAAAACAAUUGACAUCGCAUCAACAUGCAAUUUUAAUUGAUUUAGGACGAACAUUUCCAAAUCAUCCAUACUAUAGUUCACCCUUGGGCCCAGGACAAUUAUCCUUGUUUAAUAUUUUAAAAGCGUAUUCUUUGUUGGAUCCAGAAGUUGGUUAUUGUCAAGGACUCAGUUUUGUUGCUGGAAUUCUUUUGUUACAUAUGCCCGAAGCUGAAGCAUUCUUCUUGCUACGUCAUUUAAUGUUUCGACGAGGAAUGCGGAAGUUAUACUUACCGGAUAUGGAAGCGUUACAAGUGAAUUUAUAUCAAUUAUCACGUUUAUUACACGAUCAACUCUCUGAUUUAUAUGAACAUUUCAAUCAGCAUGAUGUGACUCCGGCUUUAUAUGCAGCUCCAUGGAUUUUAACAAUAUUUGCAUCCCAGUUCCCAUUAGGAUUUGUUGCUCGAGUGUUUGAUAUGAUUUUCUUGGAAAAUCCUGACGUAGUAUUCCGAGUAAUUGUUGCAUUGUUAAAUAUCCACAAGGAAAAUUUAUUGAAUUGUGAUUGUUUCGAAGAAAUUAUGGAUUAUCUAAAGAAUACUUUACCCGUUAUUGAUCAAAAAACGAUGGACGAUGUUAUGCGAAGUGUGUUUAUGACGGAUAUUUCAUCACUAUUGAACGAAUAUAGAGUGGAAUAUCAUGUAUUACAAGAAGAAAUGGCCUCAGUUCGACCACAAUUGGAUUCCUUAGCAAAAUUAGAACAACAAAAUAAACAAUUAUUGGAGCAAAAUCAACGGUUUAUGGAGCAAUUAGAGAUUGCAGUAUCAAAUACCCAACGAAUGGAACAAACGCGUGCCGCACACCAAGCCACAAUAAAUCGCCUAGAAUCACAAAUUCGUAGCCUUGAAGUGACUGUCAACACUUUAGGAAAUUUUGUUAAUACCGUUAUUGAAAAGAAAGUUGAUAUCGAAAUACCUGGUGAUGUUCGACGCAUUGUACAACAAAUUUCCUUAUCUGAACGACGUAAUGUUAAUAAUAACAUCGGAAACAUGAAAAAAUUGGAGCCACAAAAAUAUAUGGUCAAAUCUUUGAGUAUGAGUCGUUUAGGUUUAAAUUUCAACAAAAAUAAUAAUAAUAUAAAUACCAAUGGACCGGAACCAAUGCCACGUUCACAGAGUGUGAAUAUUGGGAAUACAGUUGCUGGAAAAGCAGUUGCCGCAGCUGCGCAAAAUAACAACAAUAGUGGUAAUAAUACUGCUAACAAUAGUACUACUGGAAGUAGUAACACAAGUCGGCGUAAUUCGAUAUUGAAUGCAGUCAACGAAAAUUUGAAUAAAAUGGAAACAAAAGGUCAUCGAGGAUUCCCACUUCGUGUAAUCGACGAUAAUACUUCAUACGAACCGCCACCACAAACCACAACCGUGAAACCUACACCGAAAUAUCCGUUAAAAACGGCCGUAAGUCAACCAGCAUUGAGUGUAACAAAAUCAUCAAGUUUCUUUGCGAAUUCCCACAACCAUAUUCAGCAGCAACGAUUAAAUUCAUUAGCAUUAAAACAAGGUUUUAAGGAUGUAAAUAGUUUAAUCGAAAAAUUAACCGAUACUAAACGACAACAACAAGUGGCUCAACAAAUAACGGAUUCAAAUAAAAACAACGUAAAUAACGUUAAUAUUCCAAUUGAAAAAUGUGUAUCGUUACCGUUAAACGUUAAAGAUAAUUUUCAAAGUGAUAAUUUACAAAAAAGUGGUGGAAAGUCAAAUUUAAAUUCUGAUAUGCUAUCAGAUAGUGGUAUUAGUACACCAGUCUCCCCUACAAAUAGUAGUGAUGAACAGCAUAUUGGAAUGACGGAAAUACCGUUAUUUGAUUCGGAUGUACAUUGUACGUUUAAUGGUACUAAACAAUUAAAGACUAUUAAAACUGGAGUUAAAUGUGUUAAGCCAUAGACUAAGACUAUUUUAUAUAGGUUAAGGUUACCCUAGAUUCAUUGAAAUUUGAAACAAACAAACAAACGAAAUACGCGCAAAUUUUUAUUAAUAUCAGAAGUGGGAUAUAUUUUAAACUAGAGCAUCCCUAGGAUUUUGAGAAGUCAGGUUAGGUUAGAGUGAAACACACUUACGAGAUCACAAAGGAGCCUUUGUGAUAUCGUAAAAAAAACUGGCCCAUCUUCGGCCAACGAACAGCUGGAGUGUUUUGACGUUAAGUGACUAGGAUGUUUUUUGAGAAAGGCUAGUUCAAGAAAGUUCAUCUCCUUUGGUACAGAAUAUCACGGCAUUUGACUUAACCAAGUUCUCAUCCCAAUCCUGUUUGUUGGGGAUCUAUGAGAAGUUAUUUCGCUCAAAAAUUCACGAGUAUUAAAUUUAAAAAACAAUUUUUUUGCGCACUAGAAAAUAUUUUUUUGAUAAAUUCUAAAUAACGAACAUAUUUGAAGUACAAAUUCGUGUCGUUAAAAAUAUAAUAUUUGAAAAUUGUUUUUUCGUAUACUAGUCCGCAAUAUUGAAAAAUAAUGCGAGAUCUAAGAAUUAAGGCUUAAUAUUCCACGCGUAAGGCACCUUAAAUUUGAUUUUUGUUAUGAAAAAAAAGCCCUAGGAAGCACCAAAGGUAGUUUGUUUGACUGCUAAAAACCUUUGAUUUCAAUAAAAAAUUAAUUGGAAAUAUAAAUAGAUAGAAAAAAACGUUUUCUUCCAGCUUUCGCCUAAAAAUUUGAAAGCCGAAUAUAUUUUAUUUAGUGUGAAAAACGCUUAUAUUGACCAAAUAAAAAUGAAGCAACGGAAAUGUUUGCAAUAGAAACAUUUUUUGCUUACUUUAGAUUUAGGUAAAAAAUAUUUAUAGUGAUCGACCGUUCAGACAAAUUUUGAAUGCUCAAAGUAUUGAACACAAAAAAUAAUUAAUUUUUUUUUUUUUUUUUUUGAGAACUUUAUGACUUUAGGGUGACUUCACACACAAAAUACUCCAAUAUUUUUAAAAAUAUACAUAUAUUUUUUAAGAGAAAUAAAAAAAAAAGAUAUUUUAAAACAUGGCUGUGUAUAUUUAAUCGUAACACAUGCUACAUCUGUGUUUAAAUAAUUUAUAUUAUUCGUGUUGUUCGAGCAUGUGACGGGGGUAGGAAAAGAAGGUUUAGCCUAAAGCUGUUCGAAUGAAAUUUCUUAACAUAUUAAACCCUUCGCCCAUCGCGUGAAAUUCCAAUAAUUAAUAAAAAUAGAAUAAUUUAUAAAUCAUAGAUAGAUAUAAAACAUAGAUGGACUCGAAAUCAACUACCAGACGUUAAAAUGAAAUAUUUAAUUUCGAAAUUAAUAAUUUAAAUGUUUGUUUUGAACUCUAGUACUCGCUCCUUGCGUAUUUUGUACUGCGUAUCAGACUAUCUUUGGUUUUCAAUUGUUUGUCUUUUGUUUUCAAUCACUUAGACAGCCCGAUGCUCAGUACAAAGUACGCAACGACCGAUGACUAGACCUCGUCCAGAUAGGAGCCGUAAAUUCAGCCAUGGGCGCUUAUAGCUCGACAUAGGAGUUUGUGUUCUUGGCUGAGCGAAGGGUUAAUAUGUAUAUCAAUUUUUUCAAUUAUGUAUCUAUAAAUUUAGCUCUUUAGGCUGAGCUUAAUUUUAUGUUUACCUAGUGGCGUCAUGUGCUCAUUCUUCAUGUAUAUAGAGGUCGUGUGUUAAAUGUUGACCCCUUAAACAUAUACUAUCAACUCGGUCACGUAGUAAUGAAUACCAAAAUUAAAAUAAGAUUAAUUUGACUAUCUUUAUCUCUCAUACUUUUAGAUUUGUAUUUUGAGUUUGCUUUUACACAUUAGUUUCUUUCCUAGUUGACUAUCUCCGUCUUGCUCUUACAGAUUAGCAAGACCAAACCUUGCUUGCAAGAUUAAAACUAAUGUGUAAGACAAAGAUACAAAACUCACAAGACUAAAUGUGUUAAAUAAAGAUAGUUAAAAAUACAGUCUUGGUUUUUAAUAAUGUAUCUUUUUGUCGGAUCGAUGGUCCUUUAAAAAGAUGCCCGAAGUGUACGAUGUUCGGCUGCUACCACGAGCUACACAAUGUAGAAUCGAAUAACGCCAAAGUAUAAAUUCAAAGAGACUAAAACAUACACUCAUAAUUUUAUUAUCAUGGUUAAAUCAGCGUUUCAUAAUUCUUCACUGUGUAGCUCGAGGUAGCAUUCGAAUAAA